CUACUCGUCUCCAAAGCAGAAAACGAAGACGAAUUAAAAACCUCGCUGCUAGUUUGGAGAAAUACCCCCCGAUGCGACGGCUUCAGUCCCGCCCAGAUGUUCCUGGGAAGAAUCCAAAGAAGCGGAAUUCCUCAGUUACCGUCGAGACUCUCCCAAAAGACGAAUUUGACAAUAGCUGAAACAAGUAGAAACAGAACACGUGACUUGAAGGAAACCGAAUCGAAAAGAAGAUCAACGUUUCACUAUUUUCGAAAAGGUGACAAAGUUAUCUACCAAUCCCCCGUUUCGCGAAAGUGGGAAGCGAAAGGCAUCGUCCUGGCGACUGAUAACGACGGAAAGACGGUCACGGCAAAGAUGGACCACGGAACAACAAUAACACGAAACAGAAAACUUUUCAGACCGAAUUACCUAACGAGCACGAGAACAAACCACGACGAAAUAAUAAGGACGCAAAUUUUUCGAUCGCAACGCAGACUGCGAUCUGGAAGGGAG